UUUUUAACUAUAUACCAUUUCUUACUUUUAAAUGAAAAUAGUUUUUUCGUAAGUAGUGAAGAGUUAGACGAAGCUAAGCAGUGGCAAGUCGAACAUGCAAAACUUCAUGAAAAACAUCGUGGCCAUGAACAAAUGCAUAUGGAAAUGUUUUUAAUAUUAAUUGUUACGCUAGUUGUAGCACAGAUUGCUUUGGUGCAGUGGAAAAAAAGACAUUUUAAAUCCUAUCAGUUGUGCACACUUCUCGGCAUGUGGCUAAUUCCUGUUUUUGUAUGUGUUCAACGAUAUUGGUGGAGAUUCUUAAUAACAUGGGUUUUGUACUCUAUACUAUCAACUGCUAUUUGGUUUAAAGCUACUCGUCCACAAAUAUCAGGCAAAACACCAAGAAUCGUUUAUAAAUGGUUCUUAUUUCUGCACAAACUAAGCUAUGUCCUUGGAAUUGCGGGGUAUAUUUUAAUUAUGUUUACAUUAUUGGGCUUAAAUCAUAUAUUUGCCAUGAAACCAAGUGUCUCAAUGGAUGCUGGCUUGUUACUUCUGUUUUAUGGCUUAUAUUACGGAGUAUUGGGUCGUGACUUUGCUCACAUAUGUACGGAUCGUAUAGCUUCCAAAAUUGGGUAUUAUACCGAGGAAGGUUUGCCCAGAAAAGUUCUUGAAGCAGACGUUUGUGCAGUCUGUGGAAAUCAUUUGGAAACUGAUGAUACGGAAACCGACUAUGAAUCAAUAUAUCGUUUAUCUUGUGGGCAUGUAUUUCAUGAAUUUUGCAUUCGUGGUUGGUGUGUUAUUGGAAAACAACAAACGUGCCCUUAUUGCAAGGAAAAAGUUGACCUUAAAAGAAUGUUCAAACAUCCCUGGGAAAAGCCUCAUUUGUUUUAUGGGCAGCUGUUAGAUUGGAUUCGGUACUUGGUUGCAUGGCAGCCCUUAAUUGUUACAUUUGUUCAAGGAGUUAAUACAUAUUUUGGUCUUGAAUAG